ACUGAAGUCAGCAUUAUCAUCUUCACAAUGCUUCAACUAUCGACAAUAGUAGCAGCGAUAUGUUGCGUUUGCUGUGUAGCAGGCUAUGACCUAUUUGUCGACCUGACGUCAGGGACGACCCUCCAUACCAGCAGUUCUCUGUCCUGGGCGACAUCCCUGUAUGGCUCAGGCACGUGCGGGAAGAAGGGCGUUCUCAAGUUGAGCUUUGGUGCUCCUGGGUCUGCCAACAGGAAGAACAAAGUUCUGAUUGACAUGUGGUUCAACAACCCAUCAGGCUGGGUGUUCAACAUCGGCGACUCACCCACCAACAACGGAUACGGUGGAGACAGUGCCACCACAUCCGGGACGCCGAAAUACAAGGAACCAGUUCUACAUUUCGUAUCUAUGGUAACGACCAGAACAGUCCCGCAGGUGGGAUUCUCUUGACCCGUCCCAACAUCAUCACCAACCGUCUCAGCGUGAUCAUCGCCGACGGCCUCGUCAUCUGGAACAACUGGGGAGCAGAGUUCAACUAUUACCUCAACACGAACCUACUGUAUGCCUUGAAUGGACAGUCGGAUUCCGAGGGCGGCUCCCCCAACUACGACAUCUACUUCGGCAUCAACCGCAGCAUCGGUUCCGGUGGUCGUGUGGGCACUGGUCUUUGUCAUGCUUAUGUUACGUGGCUCAGUUAAACAAUCUGGACAGCCUGAGAUCCAUAAGAGUGUGACUGAAGGUUUGAGACAAUUUGCCGAUCCCUGCUAUAAAGUGUUAUUUGCUAAUGCGACAAGCAAAAGAUUGAGCUUUCAUUUACUGUCUUUGUUGAAAUAUGAUUUAGUCUUGUGUAUUGUUUUGAUACUGUUUAUUGUUUUUAAUUGUUUUACUAAAAUAAAACAUAAACAUAA